AUGGAAUUCUAGAUUAUAAAAUAGAAAAAAUAUUAAUUCUUAAAUAAAGUAUCAGGAAUAGACAAUCUAUUCAUGAUAGUAAGCAUAAAAAACGCUGCAAGUAUAGACUUUCAUGAAAUAAAUUUUCUUUUUUUAAAAUAUAAUAAUUCCUUCAAAUAUUAGAAAUUAUUUUAUAUUAUUUACUAAACACAUAUCAGUUAUAUUAUUUACAACUAGAUGUUGAUUUUUUAACUAAAGAAGUAAAGUAAUUAGCUAUAUAAAGAAAUAAGAAAGUUGGCAACAUAGUUAAAGAUUGUAAAACAUAAGUAUUUGGAAAAGAUGCUGUAGGUUAUGCGCUCUAUUGAGAAGAUUGAGAAUAAUGAAUACAUUAGCAAAUGCAUUAAGUAUUCUGGUUACAAAACCAGGGGAUCAAAAUUUAUGUGUUGAAAAUCAUGAUACUAAAAAUAAUUCUACUUAAUAUAAAAUUUAUUUAAGAUCAGCUUAUCAUUAUGAAAAUGGAAUUCUACUCAAUAGUAUUAGAUUUGAUGUUCUUUCAGAGUCAUUUGAUGGAGGAGAUCAUGUUGAUGCAGCAUCUCUUAAUAGCAUCUCUUAAUAGCAUCUCUUAAUAUUAAAAAAGAAGAAGAAUAUUUGA